GUCGGUGUCGUUCUUACAAUCACGGAUUGCAAUAUUUGAAUUAAACUUGUUGCUAAUAACAUGCCUAACAGCAAUACGGACAUUUGGGUUGCUGGUGCAAUAGCUGCUUUCACAAUCGACUUUGUUGUUUACCCUCUUGAUACCCUGAAAACGAGGAUUCAAUCACCGCAAUAUAGGAAUCUCUACAUAGAUGCGGCCACGGGCGGUGUUCGGCGGGGCGUUCUUUUCAAGGGUUUAUAUCAAGGAAUAUGGAGUGUUGUCGUUGCUACGAUACCCUCGUCGGGAGCAUUUUUUACAACAUACGAAGGUGUCAAAUAUACACUUAAUUCCACGUCGAAGCUCUCAUCGGACCAUCCUGGCCGAGAUUUAUUACCAUUCAGACACUCUCUUCCAACACCGGCUGUGAAUGGCAUUGCGUCGUCGGCAGCAGAGUGUGUGUCAUGCUUCAUUCUCACGCCUGCCGAGGUGUUGAAGCAGAAUGCACAAAUGGUUAGUACUUCCACAUCCAUGACGGCCAGUAAUCAUGAGUCAGAAAGUCAAGAAGAAGGUAGGGCAGGUGGGAAAGAAAAGAAGAACAUGAAUGCCACAAUGCGCGCUCUAUCUAAAUUUCGUGACCAUCCAAUCCAGUUAUGGCGCGGUUAUGGAGCUCUCGUAGCCAGGAACCUACCUUUCACGGCUAUGCAUUUCCCACUCUUUGAGCAUCUGCGGGAGCAUAUAUCGAAAAUAUGGCAGGAAAAACGACGAGAUGGUUCAGAAAUUGGUGAAAUUGCUGAGAGAGCAGUUAUCACUGCAUUCAGUGCCGGAAUCGCUGGCGGGUUUGCAGCAGUUGUUACGACACCAAUCGAUGUGGUUAAGACGAGGAUUAUGCUUGCGGCUGGAAAGCAGAAUGAAGACUCGAUUAACAACAAGGCUUCGACAAAAGGAAAUAGAAUGGGUGUAGUGACAGUUGGACGUGAGAUUUAUACAAAAGAAGGCGUCAAUGGUCUUUUCAAGGGUGGAGCGCUGAGGGGAGGUUGGACGGCGAUAGGAUUGGGGUUAUAUCUUAGUGUUUACGAGAGUGGUCGUAUGUAUCUUGAGAAGAGGCGGGAGAUUAAGGAUAAAAGAAAGCAAGGCAUUACCUUAGUCUGAGGUUUGAGCACGACUCCAGAUGAUAUUUCAUGAACUACUUUCAGCCUUGUCAGCAUAAUAUUUUGAGAUAUAGAGUAUACUAUACAUUAAUGGUGUUCAAAUUUUAACAUCAUGAUGAUUUUUACUUGUAUGUAGUCUGCUUUUCCUGCAAUGUUAGGGCUGGGGCUACAGGCCUAAUAAGGUGAUAUUAAUUUUCAGCACAAUUGGUGUGUAAAGAAUGUGCAUGUCUCGAAAAGGC